AUGACUUCUCCCGCCAGUUCAGAUGAAGGGGAGAUUCACGAUGGAAGCUUAGAGAAGGCAACUACGAUGCAGUCAAAAUUCGAUGGCACUUCCGUUGACCGUCAAAACAGAAACCGCUCUAGUAACUCAAACUCGCUAUCGCCUGAACACAACCACACUCAGAGGUCCAGAGACAUGAAGUCACACGAGAGAAGCAGAUCGCCAUACUCAAAUCGAGCACCGAGGGGUUCCAAAAGAACCCGCGAUGACGAUUAUCCAGAGAGGUCUCGCGAUCCACGAAGGUUCAAGGUUCACUACGAGGACGGCAACUCGACCGAUUAUAAGCGGCGGUCCCGCAUUUCCUACGAAGACCUCGAUCGAGGCCCUUCUGCUUCUUCCGACUUGCGAUACGACGAUCGAGACAGUUACACUGAUAAGCGUCCUCGAACACGCAGUCGCUCUCCCUACAGAUCCAGUCGCGGUGGCGACGCAUAUGGCCGUGGUGGGCAAUCCAAAAGAGAUACUGAGCGACAUGGUAACUCCAAUACAAGAGGAAAUAGGUCUCAAAAUGGACCUUAUAACUAUGGAGAUGUGAGAAAUCGGGAUAUCAAGGACCAGUCAGUGAGCAAACGGGAAAAUAGCCCGCUGCCUGCUGGGAAUGCAAGACACGAGGCUAAAAAUGUGCAAGGAAAUUCACAGCGGUCUUCCGACAAUGCUUUGGCCAAAUUUGAGCUGGAGAAGUAGGUUUUUCCGUAUUUCACUCAAACUAGUAAUUUACUAACACAAUACAAGGGACAGUACUAUCAAAGAUACGGCCACUGAGUCUCAUGAAGAGGAACAUCUCGAUGAGGCAGCUUUGAUCGAGCAAAGACGCAAGCGCCGUGAAGCAAUCAAGGCUAAGUAUAGAGGAGCUGCCACGCCAUUAUUGGUACAAGCUUUGCAACUUGGGGACAAAACAGGAGAUUCCACACCUGCUCAAGAAGACAGCAAUACAUCAUCAGCUCGAUCUGGUAAGCAUACUGUAUUACCUAUCAGCUUCUUUUCUGAUGAAAACUCUACAGUUUCUCCUGCGAUUUCUAUACCUUCCACGCCUAUUGAAGCUCAGGACCUUGCUUCUCCUGCGGCUUUUGCUAUCAAUGACGACCAAGAACUCGCAAAUACAAAUGGUGUUACCACCUCAAACGAUGAGGAUGACGGACCCUCUGCUGCAGAUUACGACCCAACGGCUGAUAUGAGAGAAGAUAAACAGCGCGAUGUUCAAAGGCAUUCUGACGAAGUCUCAUCUGCAGCGUAUGACGAAACCAAAAUCACGACUGAGCAAGACGUGCUACUCCCUGUACUCAGCCCGGUAGAAGAAAAGGCUGCCAAGGCGCCCCGUGAGUUUGACAUGUUUGCGGAAGACGACGAUGAUAUGUUUGCAGAGGAACCUGUCGCAAAUGGACAGCGGCCAAUCAUUGUUGAGGAUGUGGCGAAAGCAGUUCCGAUUCCUAUGGCUAAGGAACUUGACGUUGGGAUGCUUGAUAACUGGGAUGAUAUCGAAGGCUAUUAUAAGAUCAUACUUGGAGAACUCCUGAAUGGAAGAUACCACGUGCAAGCAAAUCUUGGAAAAGGUAUGUUCUCGGGUGUUGUUCGAGCGAUGGAUGUGACAACAAAAAAGCUGGUUGCUAUCAAACUUAUCAGGAAUAAUGAGACGAUGUAAGUUUUUACUCACCUGCUUAAAAGGAGGUUGCUGACCUGAUGCAGGAGGAAAGCAGGCAUGAAGGAAAUCGAGAUUCUCCAAAAGAUUAAUGAGGCAGAUCCGGAUGAUAAGAAGCACAUGAUCCGACUUGAGCGCCAUUUCGAGCACAAAGGGCACUUAUGCAUGGUCUUUGAGAAUCUUAGUAUCAACUUACGAGAAGUCCUGAAGAAAUUUGGAAGGGAUGUGGGAAUCAACCUUCGCGCUGUUCGGGCUUAUGCUCAGCAAAUGUUUCUUGGCUUGAGCCUAAUGCGCAAAUGUAAUAUCCUCCAUGCAGAUCUCAAGCCCGAUAAUAUUUUGGUAGGCAAUACAAUAUGAAUUGUAUCUGAUUUCAUACGCUGACUAUAAAUAGGUCAAUGAAUCACGCAACAUGCUCAAAAUCUGCGAUUUAGGAUCAGCUUCUGAUGCAUCAGAGAAUGAAAUCACGCCAUACCUUGUUAGCAGAUUCUAUCGCGCACCAGAAAUCAUUCUCGGUAUGCCAUAUGAUUUUGCAAUUGACAUUUGGUCGGUUGGAUGCACACUUUAUGAGCUCUAUACUGGUAAGAUUCUAUUUACGGGACGAACCAAUAAUCAGAUGCUCCGAUCCAUCAUGGAUUGUCGGGGCAAAUUCACAACGAAAAUGCUCAAGCGGUCUGAGUUCGCUCACAUCCACUUUGAUGAGCUGGCCAAUUUUAGAAGCGUUGAACAAGAUAAGCUUACUGGAAAGGUAUGUACCAUUCAACUGAUAUUAUAAGGAAGGUCGAGCCGUUACGUGGGCGCGUGCCACAAAACAGGACAGACUCUACUCCACAUACGUGCCCCCAACGUGACCUUCCCCGCUCGAAUUCCCCAAAUAGCCAAAGCCACCUUUCUGACAUAUUUCUCCGAGUAGGACACCAUUAAGACCCUAUCGUUCGCCAAACCAUCCCGCGAUCUUCGAACCCGUCUUAUGUCCGCCUCAAAGGGCCUGACAGAGGUUGAGGCAAAGGAGUUGACUCUUUUUGCCGAUUUACUAGAUCGGUGUUUGGCACUCAAUCCAGAGAAGAGGUGCACGCCAGCGGAAGCUCUAAAACAUCCUUUUAUUCUCCGGACUCUGAGAUGAGGUGAACCAGGCGAAGUAAUUAUAGCAGCGUUGUCAUAUGCAUAGCAAUGUGGUAGAUAGUAGGGCGCGCCAUAGGUGCACAGCUCAACGAUAUCCCGUUCGAUGGGCUGGUAGAUAGCUUUAACUAGAGUACAUAGACUGAACAAUAUGAUCGACGAAUAACACCUCUGUGUUUAUACCAGUU